UGGAAAAAAAAAGACAACACUAAUUUUAUUUGAAUUAUUCAGGCUCUUCAUGUAGUAUUGUGUUGUAAUAAUUUUAAUUGGCCGUCUCGGCUGCGAUUAUUUUAAUAGUGUGUGUACUAAAAUGUUUCCUUGAUAAUUUUAUUGAAUUACUCUGGCAAAACCGCCAGCCGUUUUUGGGGCUGCCAUUUCUGUGUACUUUUAAAUUCUACCUUUCUUUUUAAAACUUCCUGGUGAAAUCUCAUCCAAAAUUAGAAACAAACUGUUCACGGCUUUGUUUAAGCCUUGCAAUCCUUGCAUUAGUAGCUGGCAUCAUAUAAAAUCUGGAUUAAAUCGCUACCGGCUUUUCCGCAAUGGGGUCUAAAUGGACCGACGAGUCUGCAAUUCUGCGGGAUUUGUCGUUUGCCCAAGGUCGCUGGGUGCCGGGCGGGAUCGACUCUGCCGUCGCCGGCGCGAAUCCACCAGUCCACAAUAUAACAGAAGAGACAGAGGAGGAGUACUAUCGGCACUGGACGUCUUUGGACCCAGGAGGUACUGGAGACUUCAGCUCAGGCCCAGACUUAUACCAAAUAAAAACCAUGCUGGAACUGAUGCAAGACGAACAUCCUCCCAAUGAAGAGUUUUUCUCUGGUCCAAUUGAAAUCAGAAAACUGAAUAUCCAAGCGCCCCCCUUCACAAAAACCAAAAGCAACACAAAAGAAAAUAAGCCUCCAAACAAGCCACGGCGAGCUCGCAACGUCGCCAUAGCCUCCAUAAUGGCACUAACGCUAUCCGAAGAGCCUCUGAAACUAGUUAAGCCAGAGGAGUUUAUAAAGCCAAUUAAGGAAGAUGAGGAGAUUACGGAGAGAAGGAAGGAUUCUGUUAAUAAAGUAACGAAUUGGUUGCAGGCCCAGGAUAUUAUGCCAAUGUUCAAGAAGAAGUCUUCGGUGAAUUCUUUUAAGGAGGAGAAAAUAAGCAGCACGAAAGACAAGUCACCGGUCCACUCCAAUGAAAGCGUAAAAUCUCCACACGAGCAGGGAAGUGUUAAAUCUCCGGACGGGCAAGGAAAUGUGAAGUCUCCUCACGGGCAGGGCAGCGUGAAGUCUCCGCACGCGCAGUACACGCCGUCCGCCUGGGCGCAGGAGUACUGCCGCCAGGCCGAGCGCCGCGGCCGCGCGCGCGCGCUGCUGCUCCAGGACGUGUGGGGCCGCGCGGAGCGGGCCAUGCAGGAGAUCGAUGCCAGGAAAGAGGAAAUAAGAAAACAAGAAGCAGCGGCGGAGCUGGCGGCCGAGAUUGCGCGCCAGUGCGAGGCGUUAGAAACUACGAGGCUGGAACUCCCGGAUACAGAAAAUGGCAAUAAAGAUACGACUGAAUCUACCAAUGAAAACGAGAAGGAUGAAGCGGAAGGUAUAGCCAAAGUGCUGCUCCCUCAGAGCCGCCACGAGCUGUUCCCCGGGGCCUGCGCGGUGUGCCGCGUGCUGGCCCCGGGGCCGGCCGCGGCCCGCCCGGCCAGCUCUUCCAAAUCUGACUCUAGUUCUAUAAGUGAUAUAGAUUUGUAACAAAUACAACAAUUUAGGGUCUCGGGGCUACUCAUAGGAUUAGAUUAUAUUAAAAGCUGUUUAAAAAUCGAUAACUAUUACUUAUGAAAGAAAAACAUUGUAAUGAAUCGUAUAUGAUUUAUAAUAGGGUUGUUUCCAUCUACCAAUCUUAGGGCAGAAUAGUAUCCCAUUAAAUUCUUUU